AUGGCUUGUGAUCCAACUUGCCGUGCUCCUUUUAUCACCGAUAUAACGACACAACCAAUUCCACCUAUUUUACGCUCCAAUAUUACUGAACAUAAACGACGAAUGGAAGAUGAAGAAGAUCGUUUAGAGAAAGUAUACGAGACUGCAGGAUAUGAUCGAAAACAAAUCGCAAAGGAUCGAGUUGCAUCGCAUCCAGAGUUUGUGUAUGAAGAAGAUGUCGUUUUACUGGAAGAAGUUGGUCCACAAGGUUCAGUUUCUCUUGUUGCUCCGAAAGAUACCAACAUGGUUGCAUGGUUUGCUGAUAAGAACAAAGAUUUUGCCUAUGCAUAUCAUCGGACUGUGCUACAAAUGUUACACGAUGUUGAUCCACCACAAACACAUUGGCAACUCAAAUCUCCUCUGCAUACAUUAUGGAUAGAUUCACUUCUCAAAUAUUACCCACAAGUAUCGAUUAUUAUGUCUCAUCGUCAUCUUGAUGAAGUGAUACCAUCAGCAUGCCGCAUUUUUCUUAACUAUAAUAGUAUUUAUUUCAAUGCAAACGAUUCACAAAGUAUGAAAACAACUUUUGAACAAGCAAUGUCUCUUCUUGAUAUUUGGAUACAAAGAAUUAUAGAGUUUCGCACUCAACAGCCACCACCAAAGAAUAUCUUUGAUAUUCAAUAUAAGGAUUUGGUGCGAGAUCCUAUUGGUACUGUACGCCGUAUUUAUGAUUAUUUCGACUUCUUACAUUGGUCCGAUGAAUUUGAGAAAGCCAUGC